UGCGAUUACACUACAUCGGUCGCUUGUAUUGUUGGCUGUUGCUGCUUCGUUUCUGUUUCUCAUACACUUUUUUUCUUAAUAGUUCGUGCACAAUGUUUGGAUUCUCAGUUGAGUGAUAAAUGCGGAAUCGAAUAGAUCAUUCACUGUGUUGCUACUGUAUAGAAAUUUUUUGCUUUUCCUUCCCUUUUUUUAGUUUAAAUAAAAACAAAUCGAUUUUAUUUUCCGUUUUUUUUUUCAAAAUUCGUUUUAAAUUUUCAAAUUUCUAUUUCGAUUCUGUUCGCUGUUCGCGUAUAUGUUCGACGUGCUGCUCGUCGCCUUCAUCGUUUUUUUUUUCAAUCGGAAUAUUGUUUUUAAUUUCACUUCGGUGUGCGCGUUCGUUGUGGGUGUAUGUGGGUUUUUAGUUUUAGUGCAACAACAACUGAAAACGAAAGAAAAAAAAAAGAAAAAUUCGUACGUGAUUUCUUCAUUUUCAUCAUCUGAACCAAUGUGCAUAUUCCAGCUAACAAAAGAAAUCCGAAUUUGACCGUUGUUUUGUUUUACGUCAAACCAACACUUGUUAAAUGAGUGAGCAUACGUCGAGGGAAACAGCAAAAUGCGCAAAAUUCAAAAAAGCUACUAAGUGACCGAGAGCGAGCGAGAGAGUGUGUGUGUGAGAGAGAAAGAGCAAAGGGAACCAAAACCAAGAGUGAGAGUGAGUGCGCGCAACAGAGCGAGAGAAGGAGCGAGAGGCAGUAGUCAGUAGUAGUCUUCGUCGUCGUCUUCGUCGUCCAGAGGUAGUACAGCAACCAACCAAAAAAACCAAAUACCGACUAUCGAAUCCAACAUUUCUUUCAUGUUACUCGAUUUCGAUUGAUUUCGCUGGAUAUCCGCAACAAGAAUUUCAAAAGAUAUGCAAACUAUUUGAUUGGUUGGAAAAACCCGAAGCAAUGUUUAUUUCUCUCUGGCAGUUUCUCGAUGGAUCGACAACGACGACGAUGAUGAUAAUUGGAACGAUUUUUUUUUCUUCAAGUCAUAUAAAAAUGGGUUGUCACUUUCGUUCACUCCGUUCCAUUCCGUGUUCGAGGCAGAGAUGGGAGUCAGUUGAAUUAAUUGAACGUUUUUGACUCGUUUAACGUUCAUCGCACGAAUAAUACACGCACUUAGUUAUAUACCAUCCGGGCGAGCGAACGAGAACGUACGUGCGCGCAGUCAAAUCAACAGAAAAAAAAUAACGUUUCUGAUAGCAUAAAAAAAUCAUUUAAAUCAUCUCUCAAGUGCGAUAGAAAGAUUAAUUUCGAACAAAACUAAACAAAGAAAAAAUAACACAAAAAUAAUGAAAAUUCAAUAUGAAUUAUCGGCCAUCGUUUAUAAGUUACUUUUAUUGCUUUUACUUUUAACGAAUGUGAAUGGAUUACCGUUUUUAUUCGGCACCUCAUACGGAAAUCGCGAUCAUAUGGUUGAAUAUCAAACACCGGACGACAAAUGGAACAUAACAAGCGUUCCACGCAGCAUAAUACCACACAUCGGCACACUGAAUUCCACACAAAAUCAUGUCAUACCGCCACGAAAAACCGAAGAGCAACUCGAAGACGAAAUUCUUCGACGGCUUCAUGAGAUAAAAGACAGCAACGAUACAGUGGCUAGCGGUCGUAUGCUAUGGUUUGAUACAACCGAUUUGAUGCAUUAUCCGCCAUUUGUUGAUAAAACAUUGAAGCUGUUCAAUUUGAAGCAAGUUGCACACGAGCUGGAAACAAGUGUUAUGUCGAAAGUGUCGUGCACAGCAUGCAAAGCAGGUGCGGGUCUGUUGAUGCACUACAUCAAAACGGGCAAAAGCAAUGAGGAGAUUAUUAAAAUGAUUUAUCAGUUUUGUGUGAAUUUAAAACUUCAAUCGGCACGAGUGUGCGAUGGUGUGAGUCAUUUGUUUGGUACCGAGGUGAUAUAUGUAUUGAAGCGUGUAACAAUUGGCCCCGAUGAAAUUUGUAGCUUUGUGAUUGGUGACGCUUGUGGCGAUGUUUAUAAUCCGUUGCACGAUUGGGAUGUUACAUUUCCACCGGUGCCAAAGCCAGAGGUGCAUGACAUUCCGUUGCCAAAAGAGGGCUUCCCAACAUUUAAAGUGCUUCAUUUGUCUGACACACAUUAUGAUCCAUACUAUACGGAAGGUGCGAAUGCCGAUUGCAAUGAACCACUUUGUUGCCGUUUAACACAUGGCCGACCGAAUACACCGCACAAUGCAGCCGGUAAAUGGGGCGAUUAUCGUAAAUGCGAUACACCCAAACGGACCAUUGACCAUCUAUUGGAUCACAUUGCUGAAACACACACGGACAUUGAUUACAUUGUUUGGACAGGUGAUCUGGUGCCCCAUGAUGUUUGGAACCAAACAAAAGAGGAAAAUUUGAAAAUCAUCAAAGACACCGUCAAACAAAUGUCGGAGAAAUUCCCGGGCAUUCCAAUCUUUCCAGCUUUAGGCAAUCACGAAAGUGCACCAGUCAACAGUUUCCCGCCACCAUUUGUGCAACAGCAAGAUAUUUCGAUUUCAUGGUUGUACGAUGAAUUGGAUACACUGUGGCGUCGCUGGCUACCGGCUAGCGUAUCACAUACGAUUCGACGCGGUGCAUUUUAUUCAGUACUUGUACGACCCGGAUUCCGUAUCAUUUCGUUGAACAUGAACUAUUGUAAUAACAAAAAUUGGUGGCUUUUACUCAACUCCACCGAUCCGGCCACCGAACUUCAAUGGUUCAUCUAUGAACUCCAGAGUGCCGAAUUUUCCAACGAAAAAGUGCACAUUGUCGGUCACAUUCCGCCCGGUCAUCCAGAUUGUUUAAAAGUAUGGUCACGCAAUUACUACGACAUUAUCGCACGAUACGAGAGCACCGUCACCGCACAAUUCUUUGGACACACUCACUUCGAUGAAUUUGAAGUGUUCUACGAUCCAAAAGACUUGAGUCGUGCCACAAAUGUUGCAUAUAUUGGACCAUCGGUAACGCCAUAUGAUAACCUAAAUCCCGGUUAUCGAAUUUACUACGUCGACGGUGAUCAUGAUGCAACCACACGGUUGGUCAUUGACCAUGAAAAUUGGAUAAUGAAUUUGAAGGAGGCAAACUUAUAUGACUAUCCCAUCUGGUAUAAACUGUAUUCCACACGAUACGCAUACUCGAUGCGAGGUUUACGACCAGUUGAUUGGGAUGAAUUAAUCAAUACAAUGACUAAUAACGAUGAAAUAUUCGAUUUGUAUUACAAGCAUUAUUGGAAGAAUUCACCGCUCCGGCCGCAGUGUUUGUUCGAAUGUAAGAAGCACAUUCUUUGCCAGGCCAAGAGUGGCCGAAGUCAUGACCGGAGGCAUUUUUGUGAAGGUGUCGAAUCAAAAAUCGACGAAGGCAAUUCCAAGAGCUGGGGUGCCUGGUUCUAUCGUGGACUUAGUGUUUCAUCAACACCAGAGUCAAUCACAAACAAUGACACAAUUUCUGAUAUGAUAUCAACUAACGAAGUAACACCAGUUAAACAUACAGAAUCGUCUGACAUCAAUGAAAAAUACUUGGAACAAGUGUCAAAGUUGAUGACCAUCGUUGAGUCAUCAACGGAAUUUGAACAAUCUACCGACGGCGGUCGGAUGGCCGACACCACAACCGAAACCACUUCGAAUGAUAUCAAUUUGUCAAAGAUAUUCAGUGUUAUUUGUAUUUGGUGUUAAGUCAUCUCUUUUUUAUAAAAAAAUAUUGUAUAUGAAAUAUGUUAAUAUUUAGAUGUGUGUAAGAAGCCUUUGUUUUCAGAAAUCUAACCUUUGAUUCUCGAACUUUGAAUGGUUUGGGGUCUAUUCUUGUUCAGUUGUUUUUCUUCUUCAAUAUAUAAUCUAACUACUCUUUGAUAGUUUAAUCAUGUAAAUAGAACAAUAACCACUGUAAGCUAUUAACAUACAAUAAAGUGAUAGUCCCACUUGAUAAAUAUAA